AUGUCCGGGCUGCGGGCGCUCCUGGGGCUCGGGCUGCUGGUUGCGGGCCCGCGCCUAUCGCUCCUCAGAGUCCAGGCCGGCGCCUGUCGCGCGGGAGCCACCUGGUGGGGGCCGCAGCGGCUGAUCUCGGGUGGCCGCGGGGACUCAGAGGUCAUGGCGAGCUCAGCAGUGAAGUACCUGAGCCAGGAGGAGGCCCAGGCCGUGGACCAGGAGCUGUUUAACGAGUACCAGUUCAGCGUGGACCAACUUAUGGAGCUGGCCGGGCUGAGCUGUGCCACAGCCAUUGCCAAGGCAUAUCCCCCCACGUCCUUGUCCAGGAGCCCCCCUACUGUCCUGGUCAUCUGUGGUCCCGGGAAUAAUGGAGGAGAUGGCCUGGUCUGUGCUCGACACCUCAAACUCUUUGGCUACCAGCCAACCAUCUAUUAUCCUAAAAGGCCUAACAAGCCACUCUUCACUGCACUGGUGACCCAGUGCCAGAAAAUGGACAUCCCUUUCCUUGGUGAAAUGCCCCCAGAGCCCACGCUGAUUGAUGAACUAUACGAGCUGGUGGUGGAUGCCAUCUUUGGCUUCAGCUUCAAGGGUGAUGUUCGGGAGCCAUUCCGCAGCAUCCUGAGUGUCCUGAAUGGACUCACUGUGCCCAUUGCCAGCAUCGACAUUCCCUCAGGAUGGGAUGUGGAGAAGGGAAACUCUGGAGGGAUCCAGCCAGACUUGCUCAUCUCCCUGACAGCACCCAAAAAGUCUGCAAGCCAGUUUACUGGUCGCUACCACUACCUGGGGGGUCGUUUCGUGCCUCCUGCUCUGGAAAAGAAGUACCAGCUGAACCUGCCACCCUACCCUGACACCGAGUGUGUCUAUCGUCUGCAGUGAGGGAAGGCGGGUGGGCAUUCUUCCUAAUAGAUUUAGUUCCUCUCUCCCAGAACUGUGGAGUCCUGGGAGCUCUUCUGGCAAUAAAGGUUAAGAGAUGGCAGGAGCCAGAGAGCAACA